AUGCCGAAAAGAAAACGGAAGGACGCGGAUAAUAAUGACGGCGAGAAAGAGGAGCCUCGCAGAUCGAGUCGUCGGGGGGCGACGAGGAAUUUGAAGGAGGAACCUAAGAUCGAGGGACCUAAACGGGCUGGGAAGUCUAAGGCGGCGCGCGUGGUUGAUGGGAGCAGUGAGGAGGUGUCUAAACCAUCCAAAUCCUCUACAUCCGUCCCAUCCACCAAAGCCGCCUCAAAACUCCCGGCAGCUUCUCCACCCGGCCGUCAAUACUGGCUCAUGAAAGCCGAACCCGAGUCACGUUUAGAAAAAGGACAAGACGUAAAAUUCUCCAUCGAUGACCUGGCUGCAAAGACAGAGCCUGAGCCUUGGGAUGGUAUUCGCGCGUAUGCAGCUCGUAACAAUCUCCGCGCGAUGAAGAAACACGACAUGGCUUUCUUCUACCAUUCGAGCUGCAAAGUCCCCGCCAUAGUCGGCACCAUGGAAAUCGUGGAGGAGCACUCCCCAGACCUAUCAGCACACGACCCCUCAGCACCCUACUACGACGCCUCCUCCAAACCCUCAGAUCCCAAAUGGUCCGUGGUGCAUGUUGAAUUCCGCCAGAAACUCGCAACGCCCAUCACGCUUAAGGAAUUGAAAGCUUGGCAGGCGCAGAAGGGCCAUCCGUUGGAGAAUAUGCAGACGUUGAAGUUGGCGAGGAGUAGUGUUAGUAAGGUUAGUGGGGGCGAGUGGGAGUUUUUGAUUGGCCAGAUGAGGGAGAGGGGGGAUGUGAUUGAGGAAUAG